UCUGCCAGGUUCCUUUGGGCUGGGUUGCAUGGGACGCUGUAGUUGUGCUGUGGGUACUUCCUGUCAUCACGUGACCGGGGAGUGCGGCUGUCCUGCGGGACUCACUGGCAGCGGCUGCGAACAAAUUUGCCUCCCUGGAACCUUUGGGCCAAACUGCAAUCAAGUGUGUCAGUGCUCUGAGACCAACCAGCUCUGCCACCCAGUGUCCGGAUUGUGCUACUGCGCCCCAGGUUUCCAUGGACCCAAAUGUGACCAAACAUGUGGAGCGGGUCGUUACGGUCCAGACUGCGCCAGGGCGUGUGGUUGUGACAACGGGGGCGUGUGCGUGGCGUCCACCGGCGCCUGCCAAUGUCCCCCGGGCUUCAUCGGCGCUCGCUGCAACAUCACAUGUCCCGACGGCCGCUACGGAGCGGACUGCUCUCAGGUGGCCCAAUGUGGGGACGGAGCAGCCCGGAACGACCCGGUGACCGGUCGCUGCCUGUGCCAGCCUGGACGCAGAGGAGAACACUGCACACACAGUUGUCCUCCAGGCUGGUACGGCUUAAAGUGCGUGCAGCGUUGUAACUGCAGCAACGGUGCCGUGUGCCACCCGGUGACGGGCAACUGCACCUGCGGCCUGGGAUGGACCGGUCCUCACUGCGACACGGAAUGCCCGCAGGGUCAAUUUGGCGCCGACUGUCAGCUGACGUGCAGGUGUGAAAAUAAUGGAACGUGUGACCGAGUGAGCGGGGCGUGUCAGUGCGCUCCAGGACACUACGGACACGUGUGUGAGCACGCGUGUCCCCACGGUCUCUACGGAUCCUUGUGUCAGCGGCAGUGCAGCUGUGAGGACGGCGCUUCCUGCCAUCCGGCGUCCGGUCGGUGCGCGUGUCCUGCUGGACGUCAUGGCGCUCGAUGCCAAAGAGUGUGUGAGCGAGGCACGUUCGGUCACGGCUGCGUGAAAGUGUGCGACUGUGACAACGACGCGCCGUGUGACCCUGUGACUGGAACGUGUCUUUGUGCUGCGGGACAGACCGGCCGGAGAUGUGACAUUGACUGCAGACCGGAUCGUUUCGGGCCCAACUGCACGCAGAGUUGUGAGUGCGAGAACGAUGCACGCUGCGACCGGCGUAACGGACGCUGCAGCUGCAUGCGCAACUGGAUCGGACUUAGCUGUCAAGAAGGUCUCUCCCUCGAGGCCAGUCUAGGAAACUCCAAGCAGGACAACGCCUUAUAGCGCCAACAAAGCUGCAUGCACGAAUUGCACGUGGAAAAAGACUCCGAAGAUUUCACUUUGGGACACAAACUAAAGAAGGAGUCUUUCUUUUUUAAGGACAAAGUGGAACAACCAGCAGGAGACGGUAUUUAAUAAUUGAUGAAGUGAUGCGGACAACUUUUUGCCUUUCAAACACCUAAAGUGUCAAUUCAACAAGAAAAACACAAAGUAUGAGAAUACAUGUGCAAUAGCAUUUUACAAGAAAGUCCAUUAAAUAAAACACAAAUUG